UAAACUCUUCUGCCCUCUUGCUUGUCCGAGCAAGGCAAAGAUAAGUAGCUAGGUGCCUCGCUGCGUUGCAUGUAUGGCGGGUUCGUCGACACUGUCCGUGCUGCUCCUUGUUGCCGGCGUCGUGGCGAUGCUCGUGCUGCACAUCCUCAUCGUCGUCUGGGCGCUCCGGCGGGGCGUCAUCCCCCGCGGCGCGUCGGCGCGGGACGAGGAGCGCGUGUCGGCGGCGGGGCUGUCGGCUGAGGAGCUGAGCGAGCUGCCGUGCCACGAGCGCAAGGCCGGCGCGGGCGGCGAGUGCGCGGUGUGCCUGGAGGCGUUCCAGGCGGGCGACCGGUGCCAGGUGCUGCCGAGGUGCGGGCACGGCUUCCAUGCGCAGUGCGUGGACCCGUGGUUGCGCAAGAGCCGCGUGUGUCCCAUCUGCCGCGCCGAGGUCGGCGGCGGCGCCCGCGGCAAGGCGGCCGGCGAGGUCGCCGCCCCGGAGAUCGUUGUUGAAAGACAGGGAGAUGCAGAUCGGUAGCUAGUGAGCUCGGCUUAGACUUUGCUGUGGACUCGUUUGUGCAAUUGUUCUUGUACAUACGUACACAAAAAUUUGCUUCUACAAUGCUACAAUUCAGUUCAUCCUUUGUGAUCGAGAAGCGGAUUUAAUUCA